CUGCAUCAGGGUGUUCGGGGCAGAUCAGGCAGAUCAGGGCAGAUUGGACACAUACCGGGGCAGAUCAGUCAGAUACCGGGGCAAAUUGGACUGAAACAGGGGCAAAUCAGGGCAGAUUGGACUGAUACUGGGGCAGAUUGGACUGAAACAGGGUCAGAUCAGGGCAGAUUGGACUGAUACUGGGCCAGAUUGGACUGAAACCAGGGCAAAUCAGGGCAGAUUGGACUGAUACCGGGGCAGAUCAGAGCAGAUUGGACUGAAACCAGGGCAGAUUGGACUGAAACAGAGUCAGAUCAGGGCAGAUUGGACUGAAACUGGGGCAGAUUGGACUGAAACAGGGGCAGAUCAGGGCAGAUUGGACUGAUACUGGGGCAGAUUGGACUGAAACUGGGGCAAAUCAGGGCAGAUUGGACUGAUACUGGGGCAGAUUGGACUGAAACCGGGGCAAAUCAGAGCAGAUUGGACUGAAACCAGGGCAGAUUGGACUGAAACAGGAGCAAAUCAGGGCAGAUUGGACUGAUACCGGGGCAGAUCAGAGCAGAUUAGACUGUCUGAAACAGGGGCAGAUCAGGGCAGAUUGGACUGAUACCGGGGCAGAUCAGAGCAGAUUAGACUGUCUGAAACAGGGGCAGAUCAGGGCAGAUUGGACUGAUACCGGGGCAGAUCAGAGCAGAUUGGACUGAAACCAGGGCAGAUCAGGGCAGAUUGGACUGAAACAGGGGCAGAUUGGACUGAAACAGGGGCAGAUCAGAGCAGAUUGGACUGAAACAGGGGCAGAUCAGAGCAGAUUGGACUGAAACAGGGGCAGAUCAGAGCAGAUUGGACUGAAACCAGGGCAGAUCAGGGCAGAUUGGACUGAUACCGGGGCAGAUCAGAGCAGAUUGGACUGAAACCAGGGCAGAUCAGGGCAGAUUGGACUGAAACAGGGGCAGAUUGGACUGAAACAGGGGCAGAUCAGAGCAGAUUGGACUGAAACAGGGGCAGAUCAGAGCAGAUUGGACUGAAACAGGGGCAGAUCGGGGCAGAUUGGACUGAAACAGGGGCAGAUUGGACUGAAACCAGGGCAGAUUGGACUGAAACAGGGGCAGAUUGGACUGAAACCGGGGCAGAUCAGAGCAGAUCAGACUGUUAUCGGGGCAGAUCGGAGUGAUAUCAGGAGGAGUGUUGCGCUGCAGUUUGGACAGACAGACAGACAGACAGACAGACUCCUGGCAGAUCAGUGCGACAGAUCGGACUGAUCGCGGAUCGGUGUGUGGUGGUGCAGAUUGGCAUCAGAUGUGCCUGGAUGGUGUGAGUCUGACGACUCUCCGGGUCUGAUUUCACACUGAAUGAUGGCCGCUAUCUCGGCUCCGUGUCCCGGACCGGAAUCAGCGGCGGCGGCGGAGCAGCCGGCGGCGGGGAGCGGGACAGAGACACACCGGGAGAUGAACAUCACCGACAGCGUGGAGGGAGAAGGUCUGUUGGAGAGCAGUAUGCGGCUGAAGCCCCAUGAAGCUCAGAGUUACAGGAAGAAGGCGUUAUGGGUAUCAUGGAUCUCCAUCAUGGUGACACUUAUCCUGGCAGUGGCAGCAUUCACUGUAUCCUUCAUGCGACACAGUGCAUCAGCCUUUGGAUUUGCCUUUGAUGCCACAUUAGAUGUGCUGUCAUCCGUCAUCGUGCUUUGGCGCUACAGCAACGCAGCAGCUGUGCAUUCGGCCCACAGAGAGUACAUAGCCUGCGUGAUACUGGGGGUCAUUUUCAUCCUGUCCUCCAUGUGUAUCCUGGGCAAAGCCAUUCAUGAUCUGUCCACAAAGCUCCUGCCUGAAGUGGAUGAUUUCCUCUUCAGUGUAUCGAUUGUGAGUGGGAUACUGUGUGUCAUUCUGGCCAUUGCCAAAUUCAUGCUGGGAAGGGUGUUGACCAGCAGAGCUCUGAUCACUGAUGGUUUUAACUCCUUGGUUGGAGGCAUCAUGGGCUUCUCCAUCCUAAUCAGCGCUGAGGUAUUUCACCAUGAGCCCACUGUGUGGUUUCUGGAUGGCACCACUGGGAUUCUAAUAGGCCUCAUCAUCCUAGCUUAUGGAAUAAAGUUGUUAAUUGACAUGGUACCACGAGUAAGACAAACCAGGAACUAUGAGCGCUUUGAGUGAGUGACUUUGAGGAGAAAAUAGCAUACUCACACCUUCACCUCCAACACAGAAACACACCUAUCUGCAAAUACUCCAGGCAAGAAUACAGAUUGUGACACCAUCUGCAUUUUGGCAGCGGUUACAAGACUAAUUACCACCUCAUUAUCAUCACCAAUGUUCAGAUUCGGUCUCUCAGCACAACACACCUCAGAGAGAGGAGAAGCAAUGAUGAAGACACAGCAGGAGAUGGUUUCUGAGUUUGAUCCAGGUAAAAGAAGCGAGGAACUCAACGCCAGCAAGUCCUGGUUGCCGGAUCAAAGCCUUGGAAAUGCAAAUUCCUUGAUUUAUGAUAACCUUCACUGCCAGGUGUGGUGUGUGUAAUGAAGUACUUGAGAUUAUGAUGGGUUUUUCAUUAUAAUGGACCACCAUUCA